UUUGGCAUGGAGAAGCCGAGCUGCGUAGUCUCAGAAGACGACAAGUUAGCAGGCGGAAUUGAUGUAAAAGUUAUUGGUUCAAUGCCUAAUGGGACAAACGAAUCCUCGGGUUUUCAGUGUAUAAUAACCCCGUCGAGGAUCAGGAGUCCCCAAUUACACAAAAACCAGUAUGCGAGGUCUACAAUCAGUAGAGACUCCAGUUGGAGUUCCGGCCGACGUCGUUUGGGAUGCUUAUCGUGGUCUUGAGCUGGGAAGGCUCGUCGAUCAACUUCUGCCUGACGUUAUUGGCAAAGUAGAGGUUGUGCAAGGUGAUGGAGGCGUCGGUACUAUCGUCAAACUUACAUUUCCUGCUGGAACUCCUGGAGUAGGUUACCUGAAGGAAAUAUUUACAAAGAUUGAUGAUGAUGAUCGUGUGAAGGAAACAGAAAUCAUAGAAGGAGGUUACAAAGAUCUUGGCUUUGAUCUUUUUCGUUGUCGCUUGGAGAUCAUUGAGAAGGAUGCUGAAUCAAGUAUCAUCAGAUCCACAUUAGAGUAUGAGAUAGAUGACACCAAACCUGAACUUGCAUCUUUAGUCUCCACCAAACAAUUUGAGAUUAUGGCAGAAACUGUUGGGAAAUAUCUGGCUGACAAGAAAUCCAUCUCAUAGACACAGAGUCCAUACUCUUCUGAUGCAUUUUCCCUACUUCUCAUGACAAAGUAGGCAACGAUAUGUAUUCAGAAAUAAAUUAAUAAUACUUCAAAGUUCUGCAGCGAAUGCUCUGUUAAGCUAGCACAUUGUUCUGUCUCAACGUUCAAUAAAGUCAUCAAUUUUCAUCA